AUGUCAAGUGAAGAGAACUUUGUGACUAUACUGAAUGGUACUAGUGACACCAUGUCUUCGGAGUGUAUUGUCCGCAGAUGGUCCCUCCAAAAUGAUAGAAAAGAAGAAGGUCAAACCAGGUGUCUCAGGUCUGGGUAUAUAGGACAAGUGAGGUCUGUUGUUACAUUUGCACCUGCUAUUGAUCUCAUGCCACCAUUUUCGAGCUUUGUUGUUUUGCGUGUAUUAGAUUUGGAUGGAUAUGAUGGUACUAAGGAGGACCAUUUCAACCUUGAAGAGUUGGGGAGUUUACUUCACUUGAGGUACCUACGUCUAUCCGGACAAGAUAUUACUAAUUUGUCGGAAGAGAUUGGAAACUUGCAGUUUUUGCAGGUGUUGGAUUUGCCUAGAGGUACAAGGCUGCCGUUGACUGUGAUUAAGCUCACAAGAUUGUUGUGCCUACGGAUUAAUGGUGGGAGGUUUCAGCCUCCAGAUGGUGUUGGAAACCUGCGAUCAAUGGAAGUGUUGAGUAAGAUCAAAGUUGGCUCUAUAAGCAUUGUAAAAGAGCUGGGCAACAUGCAUAGACUGAGAGGGCUCAAUAUUCGGCUUGAGAGCUCGGGGCUGGUGGAGGAUUUUGUGGAGGCACUAGGGAAAAUGCGAAAGAUCCGGCUCGUAGAAAUCAGUACAAGGUGUGAGCAUGCAGUUUCAGUGAAUCUCGAGCGUUGGGUGCCCCCUGCAAGUCUCCAGGAGUUUAUCAUGUACAAAGGCGCCAGAUUAUCUAGGCUGCCGGUAUGGAAUCCAUACCAUCUGUCACAGCUCUUCAGGUUAGAAAUAUGUGUUGGGGAAGUGCGACAGGAGGAUCUGGGAUUCAUUGGAAGGUUACCGGCUCUUCGGAUUCUCAUGUCAAUCAGUGACAACCAAAGGCCACUACUUGUGGGCGCCGAGGGGUUCCAUUGUUUGGAAAAAGUCGCCUUGGUUUCCAAGUCCCCAAGGCAAAUAUUGUUCCAACCAGGAGCCUGGCCCAAGACCGAACGAGUUGCUCUCUUUAUUGGUUUGCGGGUGGCAAAAGAGGAAGCGGCUGGCAACGGUGGCGAUUGGUUUGACAUGGGCAUGGAGAACCUGCCGUCCCUUCGUCACGUCAGAGUCGAAUUCUUCCGUUCGGGAGUGACGGUCGGGGAGGCCAAGCAAGCCAAGGCUGCGCUGGAGAAGGCCCUCCACGUCCAUCCUAACCGUCCCACCCUUCGCAUCCACUUCGACGAGGACAUACGAGAAGACGCUCGUGAUGAGGACGUCUACAUCAAGGAUGUCGACAACAGCGAGGACCAAGAGUUGGAGUGA